AUGGGGAUCCAAAGGUGGAACAAUAGGAGAAGUCAUGAAGAACAAGAAAAGAAUCGAGAGAGAAAUUACAAGAUGCAAAAGGUGGUUGGAUAUGCAGUAAAAGGUGAGUUUAGGCCUGAAAUAGACAGACGAGGGGAUCUUACAGCAAUUUUGAAGCAUAAAAUUCACCAUAUGUUACUUGUUGAUUC